AUGCCAUCCCGGAAGUAUAUCGAAAUGGACCCUCGCGGGAACAAGUCUGCCGAUCAGUGCGGGGCUAAGCGGAGGAGGCACGAUACCGCCGAGCAGCCCAGCAGAUGCUCUCCCACUCUGGAGUACACGGACCUGGAAGCCGCCGAGGCGCUGGUGUGCAUGAGCUCCUGGGGCCACUUUGUCGGCGGCAACAGGCCCAACCCAUGCAAGCCUCGACCCCUGACCCCGGCCUCGGAUUCAUGCGACUCCAUCCUGCCGCCCGAGGUGUCGGAGUCCCCGAAAGACUUUGUGUCCCUUUCUUCUUUGUGUAUGACUCCGCCUCACAGCCCCAGCUUUGCCGAGUCGACGUCCUCCGGCGGCGGCGCUCCCUCGCAAUGCUCCGUCGCCAAGAGCCCGCCCUCGCUCGCCCCUCCCUGCAGGUCCAUGGCGACGAGCGUCAUCCGCCACACGGCAGACAGCUCCCUCUGCCAAUACCACAUUCCAGUGACCCCCAAUAUAGAAAAGGCGGUGGCAGCCUGCCAGCAGCAGCAGAGCAUCACACCUCCAUCUCCUCCUCUUCCUAGUACAACCUUAACAAAAGAGGCUGGUCCCCCUAAACCCGCUUUGGACAAUUUCUCCGCACCCAUUACUGGUAACAGCCGUCAACAGCAAAACAGCCCUCCCGCUCAGGCGAGCCUGACCCCGCCCCCGGUUACCAGCCCUCAAAUCAUCUGCCAGAUGUUCCCCUUUAACAGCCAGUCAGGUAUCAUAUCCGCCUUAAUCCCCAGCGCGGUCCAGACGUCCUCCGCCGGUACCCGGACCGCGUCCACGCCCAUUCUCCCCCAGCCCACCGCCACCAACUCCGCCGCGGUGCAGCAGCCCCUCAUCGUGGGCUCGGCGGUUCCUCAGGGCACGGUGAUGCUGGUCCUCCCCCAGUCCUCGGUCCCCCAGGCCCCGCACGCCCCUCAGACUGUCAUGACGCUGGGCAACACCAAACUGCUCCCUCUGGCCCCGGCGCCGGUGUACGUGCCGACGGGGUCCGGCGGCGGCACGGCCGCCACCAAGAUGGACUUCUCCCGCCGGAGAAACUACGUUUGCAACUUCCCCGGCUGCAGGAAGACUUACUUCAAGAGCUCACAUCUCAAGGCUCAUCUUCGCACGCACACAGGUGAAAAGCCGUUUAGCUGUAGCUGGGAAGGCUGCGACAAAAGGUUCGCCCGCUCCGACGAGCUCUCCCGCCACCGACGGACGCACACCGGCGAAAAGAAGUUCGUGUGCCCCGUGUGCGACCGGCGAUUCAUGCGCAGCGACCACCUCACCAAACACGCCCGGCGCCACAUGACCACCAAGAAAAUUCCCACCUGGCAGGCCGACGUUCGGAAUCUGAACAAGAUGGCCGCCGGCAAAAACCCUCCCGCCAAGCCCGGCCUGGCCACAAUAAGCAUGCUGGUACCUGCCGGCUCUCAAUAG